CCCUGCAUUCCAGAGGGGACCCCAUACGCUGGAGGCCUCUUCCGCAUGAAACUCCUGCUGGGGAAGGACUUCCCUGCCUCCCCGCCCAAGGGCUACUUCCUGACCAAGAUCUUCCACCCAAAUGUGGGCGCCAACGGUGAGAUCUGCGUCAACGUGCUCAAGAGGGACUGGACAGCUGAGCUGGGCAUCCGGCACGUGCUGCUGACCAUCAAGUGCCUGCUGAUCCACCCUAACCCCGAGUCUGCCCUCAACGAGGAGGCGGGCCGCCUGCUCUUGGAGAACUACGAGGAGUACGCCGCCCGCGCACGCCUGCUCACAGAGAUCCACGGGGGCGCAGGCGGGCCCAGCAGCGGCAGGGCCGAGGCCAGCCGGUCCCUGGCCAGCGGGGCUGUGGCAAAGGCGGGCAGUCAGGCCUCUGGUUGUGGAGUGCAGUUGUCAGAAUUAGGUCACUGCUUCCGCAUGAAACUCCUGCUGGGGAAGGACUUUCCUGCCUCCCCGCCCAAGGGCUACUUCCUGACCAAGAUCUUCCACCCAAAUGUGGGCGCCAACGGUGAGCUCUGCGUCCACGUGCUCGAGAGGGACUGGACAGCUGAGCUGGGCAUCCGGCACGUGCUGCUGACCAUCAAGUGCCUGCUGAUGCACCCUAACCCCGCGUCUGCCCUCAACGAGGAGGCGGGCCGCCUGCUCUUGGAGAACUAGGAGGAGUACGCCGUCCGCGCACGCCUGCUCACAGAGAUCCACGGGGGCGCAGGCGGGCCCAGCAGCGGAAGGGCCGAGGCCAGCCGGUCCCUGGCCAGCGGGGCUGUGGCCUCCACCGCUGACCCCAUGGCCCCUGGGGGCCCAGCAGGGGCCGAGGGGCCCAUGGCCAAGAAGCACGCGGGUGAGCGUGAUAAGAAGCUGGCAGCCAAGAAAAAGACGGACAAGAAGCGGGCGCUGCGGCGGCUGUAGUGGGCUCUCCUCCCUCCCUCUCCCACCCGCCACCCACCUGCCCCCAACUCUAUCUCUAAGUUAUUUAAGUUAUGGCUGGGGUGGGGGAGGGCACGGGGGCACUCGGACCUGGAUUUGUUUUUCUAAAUAAAGUUGGAAAAGCAGCUGCUGUUGCCUCCACC